CUUUGAAUCAGUGGGUUCAAAUUAAAGUUAAUGCCUGACAGGAGCCACAUUUGGAAACGGUUAAUUAUCAGACGAAAUAAAAUUGACGUCGCGCUUGGACCGAGACAUUCACUUUAAUACCAAAUUGCAAACAUGCAAUUGUUGGAGACGAUUUUGUUUGAGCCAGGAAAAGGGUUUUAUCUUUUGGACUAUCACUUGGAUAGACUCCUCACGUCGGCACAGUAUUUCAAAGGCGUUGACGGAAGAUUUGACAGUAUGCCGUCUGCAGAAGAAAUUACAGCCAAGCUACAGCAUGAUAUUCCACAAAAAGAUGGACCACAGAGGGUACGUCUCCUUGUCAAUUCAGAUGGUGAGGUCGAGUUGCAGCAUACACCAUUAAGUGAGUUGCCGCUGUUAUGCAACAUUAACGAUAAGGCAGAUACGAGAAAGCCAUUGCUCGUUGCCCUUGAUGUCCAACCUACUGAAAGUCAGUCGCCAUAUGUGCUGAACAAAACAACUCAGCGCGAUCUAUACAAUGCGGCAAGAGAUCGUUUAAAAUGUGACUUUCAUGCAGGAGAGUUAGGCAGAGAAGAAAACACAUUUGACGUUCUGUUGUUCAACCAAAAUGGCGAGAUCACAGAAACGAGCAUUGCUAACAUAGCGAUAGAAAAGGAACCAGGCAUAUGGAUCACUCCCAGAGUCAAGUGUGGAUUGCUGCCAGGUGUGUUCCGUCGGCAUUUACUGGAAAGUGGACAAGUCCAAGAAGGCAUUAUCCAUAUAGAUGACUUGAAAAGCCAGCGAGGCGUCUCGCCACGUAUCCGGUGUUUUAACUCGGUCCGUAAAGUAUACGACGUCCGACUCCUUAUACCAUGAAGUCAUAGCUCUUUAAAAAAGGAAAGAGAGUGGUAUUCGUAACGAUCUCAACUCCAAACAAUAACACCAUAAACCAGACAUAGAAUGUGAAAUUUUACAUAGUUUCUAAUUAUUUGGGCCAGAGCAACAUCUGCUCGUGUUAUUGUUGUUUGAAGUGAGUAAUUCUGUUCAAUUUUUUGGUUUCAAAACUGUAUAGAGUCGAUGAUGGUGAUGGAGCUAUAUAUUUUUUUAUCGGCCAAAGGUUGAUUUAAAGGUUAAGAAGCAAUCGUCUUGGGUCCUCAACCAUCUCCUUCAGCUUCACAAGGAAAGUGACAGCCUCGCGACCAUCAAUGACUCUGUGAUCGUAGGUGAGAGCGACAUACAUCAUAGGGCGGAUCUCAACCUAACAGUACGAAUGAUAGAGA